ACCUUAUCUGUUGUUCGGGCACGAACUGCCCUCUCUCCUGUGCCCCUCCGUCCCCUCCCCACGAACGAGGCCACGACUAGUCGACCACCAUCUCCUACCCCGCCGCCGCACAACCUCCACCUCCCACCCCGGCAUCGCACAACCUCCUUCCCCACGCCGCCCCGCCUCCUCCUCCUCCCGGCCGGCGCCACCCCGCCUCCUCCUCCUCCCGUCCGGAGUCGCCCUGCCUCCUGCUCCUCCCGUCCGGCGGCGCCUCGCCUCCUCCUCCUCCCGUCCGGAGCCGCCCCGCCUCCUACUCCACCCGUCCGGCGCCGCCCCUCAUCUCCCCCGCGCGCAUCUGACCCGCAGCGCCGCCCAGCGACGGCCCCAGCCCCGCCCCGCUCCAGCCAUGGCCACUGCCCCGCCAUCCGUGGUGCUCCGACGCCGCCCCACCUCAUGCAGCUCGGUCGCGGCCCCCGUGCAGCUCGGUCGCGGCCCGCGUCUUCGUGCAGGUUUGCCGGCCACCGCUUUCCUCUGCUGGCCUCCCUCAUCGUCAGCCACGACGCCGCAACCACCAACCUCGACCGGUGACGGCCAGGCACGCCCCGGUAGCCAGAUCUGGCUCCACCUUCUCCCCUCCUCUGUUGCAGGCCUCCUCUCCCUGUUGAGAUCGGUACACACCGAUUCGUCUCGCCAGUGCAUGCUCCCGGCGGCGGAUCCGGGCCCGCAAUCGUCCCCAGCGCGCCUCCCGUGUGCCUCACGCGGCGGAUCCGGGCCGGCAACCGCCGCCCUAGUGCAGCUCGGUUGCGCCUCCAUAUGCAGCUCGAUUUUGUCCUUGUGGACACUGGCCACCGCGGCAUCGGGGCGGAAUCCCCCUCCUCUCUUCACUCUUCUCCAUGGACGCGAGCCGAUGAGCACCCCUCUGCCUCCCAACAACCCCCCUGGCCGGCACCUCCAUCCUCAGCCCGCGAUGGUUAUCAACAGUGAGCCGCCCCGACCCCCGACGGUGACCAGAUCAAAAAGGGACGUCAGGUCCGUCUGUAUCAUAGGGCGCCCUAGGCUGCCGCUUCACUGGCUGCGCACAGUCACCGUCUCCAGCGCGCGGUUCCAGCAGCAGGGGCCCGGGGAGCGCCUCUCUCUCACCACCGUGGCAUCUUGGAGACAGCGGCUUGCAUUCGGCCGCCGCCGACAUGAGGUUCACUUCGCCAUGGUAGCCCCCAAAAUCAACUCAGUUGUGUGCAGUUCCCAGUUUUCAGAUGGGUGCUACUACCUUCUGCACUACUUCUUUGAUCCACUAUGGAGGCAAAAAACAAGAGAAGGAAACAUUCUUGUUUAGAAGACCACUUGUGAAUUUGAUGUGUUCAAGAGCGAGUUGUACAGAUUUGUGUCCUUGAAGGAAACUAGUACUUGUGAACAAAAGUUCACUCGAGCACAGACGUCCAAACAGUUUGGGUGUGUAGAUUUUUAGUGUUUGGAUGCAUUAUUUUUUGACACAUUUCACUCGCUUGCAUGUGCAGUAAGAGACUACAAAAGAAAAUGCAGUGCACUCUGGUCUAAAAAAUGAAGUCCACUCCGAAGGACUCUACAGUACACCAUUUAUAGAAAAGUGUAUUUAAAAAGUGUAUUUGUUUUUCAGGUAUGAAGUGUUGUUUUUCAGGCA